AUGGUUGUUGAAGAGCAGCGAUAUAUCCACGAGGAUCUGGAACGGCUAGAGCAAGCUAUUGCUGACCGUGUCGUUGAAGACCCUCGUAGCAUUCGCGAUCGCCUGGCAAGGGACCAUGAAGUAGCUCACUUCUUGAACCGCAUCGAGGAACAGUCAAUUCGCCUGAUCGAUAUAUACAAAGAUGCGGAUGGUGCACGCGAAAAGGAAAUCCAGUCCAUUUCCACUGGAGACCAGUUCGAGGAAUUUUACAAGCAGCUAGAAGAAAUCAAGGACUUCCACCGCCGGUAUCCCAAUGAGCCCGUGGAGAACCUUGAACGGGCUUACAAACGCCGCCAACCAGGAGAGAGCGAAGCGGGUGGGAUGGAUAUAGAUAAUAUGUUUACCGGUGAAGAAGGCUUUGGUCAGUUCUUAGAUCUUACGAAAUUGCAUGACCAAUAUCUAAACCUCCCCGGUGUGAAGAGGUUAACGUAUGUGCAAUACCUCGACGUGUUCGAUGCUUUUACGCCACCACAGAUGUCUAUCAAGCGCUCCAACAAGUUGUCUGAUAGGUACUUCCGAUAUGUGGGAGAGCUUGCAGGCUAUCUAGAAGAACUCAUCAAGAAGGUCCGACCGUUGCAAGAUCUGGGCAAGUUAUUUGCUAGCUUUGAUGCGCAGUUCGAACAACAGUGGACGAUGAACGGAGUCCCUGGAUGGACGGAGGAAAAAACAGAGAACGAUACUCAAGGGCCAAGAACAGAGGGCUCUGGAGAAGGUAUCUGGUGCACCGACUGUGAAAAGGAAUUCAAGAAUGAAAACGUCUACAAGAACCACUUAACGGGCAAGAAACAUAUCCGGGCUGCUCAGGCCAAGAAGGCUAAUGGUGAUUCCGGUGAGAAACCGGCCACGCCAGCUGGAGGUGCAGCUUCAGUCACUCAUCGUCUGAAAGAGCGUGCGGUGGCAGAGCGUGAGCAUCGCGUUCGAUCUCUAGCAAACGCACUUGCCGUUGAACGACAAGCUACUCGUAUCAACGUGGAGCGAAAGCAGGGCAUGACAGAACGAGAACGCCAGAUGGAACUUGAGGCAUUGCUUGCUGAGUCUGAAAACCCUGGUGAGGCACGUGGAGCCGAUCAAUCGGAUGAUGAAGGCGAAGAUCGAAUCUAUAACCCGCUCAAGCUUCCACUUGCUUGGGACGGCAAGCCUAUACCUUAUUGGCUCUACAAACUGCACGGCCUGGGAGUCGAGUACCCCUGUGAGAUUUGCGGUAACUUUGUAUAUAUGGGUCGCCGCGCAUUUGACAAGCACUUCUCAGAAGCCCUUCAUAUCUUUGGUCUAAAGUGCCUUGGGAUCACGUCGAACACGAACCUGUUUCGCGAAAUCACCCAGAUCGAGGACGCCAUACGACUAUGGGAAAAGCUUGAGCAUGACCGCAAAAAAGAGCGGGAUAACCGAGACAAUGUGGUGCAGAUGGAGGACGCCGAGGGCAAUGUGAUGCCGGAGAGGAUCUAUCUGGAUCUUCAAAAGCAGGGUAUUCUGUGA